AUGAUGAUGGCUGCCUGGCCGAGGCGACGGCUACUGCUGCUGAGGAGGCGUCAAGCGGCAGCCCGCUUGCUGGGCGUCCUGUGGCUGGCGUGUGUCGCCGCGGAGGGCGUUGCCGGCGGGGAGCCCCCACUCAAGUGCGACGAGCUGAGGCUGGGGCAAUAUAUUUGUGAAGAUCCCAAAAUAGACAAUAGCACACAAGAACCACUGAAUUGUACAAAUCACACAGCAAACGUUCCAUGUCGUCCAGCACCAAAUAUUACUUGUAAGGAUCACAGUGGCAAUGAAAACAACUUUACUGGAAAGGAAGUUGGAUUUUACAAACCUAUUGCAUGUCGUAAUGUAAAUGGUUACUCAUACAAAGUGGCAGUGGCUCUGUCUUUAUUUCUUGGAUGGUUGGGAGCAGAUAGAUUUUAUCUUGGGUAUCCUGCCUUAGGUUUGUUAAAGUUCUGCACUGUAGGGUUUUGUGGAAUUGGUAGCCUAAUUGAUUUCAUUCUCAUUUCAAUGCAGAUCGUUGGACCUUCCGAUGGCUCUAGUUACAUUAUAGAUUACUAUGGAGCAAGGCUUACCAGGCUGAGUAUUACCAAUGAGACAUUCAGAAAAACACAGACGUAUCCUUAAGUCUGGCAGGAAGUGUCGUCUACACACAGAGACCUCUUUCAAACCCCUUGCAUUUACUGAGAGGAAGACGUACGGAAAACAUGUAAUGGGAAGCCACUAUCUGCUAAGGACCUGACUGAUACCAACGUCUGUGUGACUGACUGUCCCUGCAUAGUCUGAAGAGAGCAGGACUACACCACUGUAUGGAUUGCAUUGUCAAUAGUGGAAGCCGGGGAAAGAAGGAAUCUUUAUCUUUCAGGGCUGUCAUUUCAUGAUCUCAUCCAUUAUAGCCCUAUCAAGAGGAUGAUGUGCACCACUUUUCAGUUAUUUUGUUAAAUAAGCAUGAGCAAUGAACAUCAUGCUAACAGACACAAUUCCUGGUAUCUCAGACAGUAUCUUGAAUUUAAAAGCGUGUGGUAAUGUAAGUGUGUAUCUGGGAGGUCUGGGGGCUGGGAUGAAAAAUGACUGACUUGACAUUCGCUGUCUUUCUCCCAGCUCCUUUGCAAAAGUAGGAACAGAAUCAGAAUAAAAAAUGUUUGGUUUACAGCUGUACCAAGUUACAGCACACUCUCUCUCCUCCUUCCCACUUGCAUCAAGUACAUCCUGUACUUUUGGCAACAUGUUGACUGGAUAUUUAAAAGCUGUGAACUGUUCUGAAAGUUUCACAUACAGGGUUAUGAGCCAUGUGUGUUUGAUCAAAAUUCAAUUACUGCACUGUACCAUGCUUGGAAACCUAUCAUCCCAGGUUAUGAAGUAUGACGAAAUAGGCUAAUCUAAUUGGUUCAAUAUGGGAGCAGUAUCAACCAAGCUUGUUAUGAUAAAUAGCUUCCUGUGUUAAAGGUUCUCUAGAGCUUAAGUAUCUUGGCUCACCUCCUCCCACAAAAUAAGAAUAUUGUUCCCUGAGAACAGUUACAUCACUGUCCCUCUUCUACAAUCAGAAUUAAGGGGUUGUAGAAUUUUUCAUUUUGCUACUCCUUGAAAAGAUAAACAAUGGAUGGAUAUCUGCCCCAUUUUUCACCUCCCCACUUCUACCUCUUCUCCCCUCAGUGCCCCCUCCCCUCCCAGCCAAGGGUAGAUCAUCUUGUACUCACCCUGGUUGUUGGAUCUGUUUUACUACUGUUUGAGACAAUCCCAAAGAGGGCGUUAAACGUGCUGUGGGCUGGAGUUUGGGAGUAGUAUGGUUUUGUAUUUGGGGGAGUAGAGUUAAAUGGUGAAGCAUAUUAGUAUUUCCAAGCAUCUAAUAAAACUGCCUUGUCAC